AUGUAUCCGAGUAAUGGUGGUCCAAUGGCACCACCUCAAAAGCCAGAGACAUUUAUGCUCUCCAACGAAGCUCAACAAAGCUUGCCACAAGAUGCGCAAGUCGCUUUACAGCAGGUGGACAAUCUCAAAUAUUUCUUGAUUUCUGCCCCGGUCGAUUGGACUCCUGAUUCUCUCAUUCGACGCUUUCUCCUCCCAACUGGUGAAUAUGUUUCUUGUGUCCUAUGGAACAAUCUUUUUCACAUCUCCGGCACUGAUAUCGUCCGAUGCCUCUCCUUCCGCUUCCAAGCAUUUGGUCGACCUGUGAAGAAUUCUAAGAAAUUUGAGGAAGGCAUCUUCUCUGAUCUCCGUAAUCUCAAAUCUGGUACAGACGCGUCCUUGGAAGAGCCCAAGAGUCCUUUCCUGGACUUUCUCUAUAAAAACAACUGCAUCCGCACUCAGAAGAAGCAAAAGGUGUUCUACUGGUAUAGCGUCCCUCAUGAUCGUCUUUUCCUUGACGCACUGGAACGAGACUUGAAGCGCGAAAAGAUGAGCCAAGAAGCUACCACGGUCGCAGUCAGCGAACCGGCACUGUCUUUCGAAUUCGACUCCUCUCAAUCACUUUUCGAACAAUUGACCAAAGCUCAACAAGCCAACUCCUCCUCGUUCUCAGCCAACCAAUCCUACUCUCAAUCAACAUCGCCGGUCAUGCGGGCAGUCGAUUCAAUGCCGCCACCACAAAUGAUCCCUCAGUCCAUGCCGCCUGUUCCCGAGGAGCAGAACCAGGGCCUGUACGGUGCCAUGACAAUGCAGAACAACAUGAACCCUGGAAUGAUGAAGCGAGAGCAAGAAUACUCCCAGCAACUCCAGUAUGAUCGAAAUGGCAUCCCACUGUCUAGAGCACAUCAACGCCAUACCUCAAUGCCUACAUAUAUGGAAUAUUCUCCCGCCCCGUCCUUCGUCUCCUCUCAAAUGGAUGAUUACAGCCGCGGAAUCUCUUUCGAGCCUGUCACGCCACCGCAGCAUUCAAUGACCCUUGGCUCUGAGCCAACUUACGUUGCGAAUGAAGACACUGGUUUGUACUCGGUGCUUCCGGAUAUGAAUACGACAAACUAUAACCCGAUGGCACAGCUGCCUCCUUCCAAUCUUGCAGGCCCUCAAUUCACUGCUGCAACAAGGCCGUUUCCUACAAACAACGUGUACUCUGUCAUCGAGGGAUCUCCUACGUAUAAACAGCGCAGACGACGCUCUUCCAUUCCCACUGCCAUCAUGAACGCUGUUGCUGCAAAUGCCGCCGCUGCUCAGGCGAAGGUUCAUGCUGCUCAUCGGCCCAGCGAUCUACGGAGAUCCAUGUCCAGCUCAGUCCUCCCUGUUGCCGAGGGGGACGAGACGCCAGAGGACUCACCCCCAGGAUUGACUCAUAGCUACGCCUCUACGAUUGUGCAGCAAAAAGAUAUGCAAGAACUCUCUCGACAUGGUACGCCAUUGCCAAGCCUGGAAGAAAGCCCUACCCAGCUAUCAAUGUCGCUCAUCAGCCCGCAAGAUGACCUGAGCAAUCUGAUAAACGAAGACAUGACUUGUCAGUCCUUGGACACCAGCCCUGCUCUACGGCAAGAACGGCCAGGUCCCAUCCGGCGGGCCAGGAGUGCGACCAUGAUGGAGCUGGGCCCCUACCCACACAAAUCGCACUCUUGCCCCAUUCCAACCUGCGGUCGCGUGUUCAAGAGGUUAGAGCAUCUGAAACGACAUGUGAGGACCCACACUCAAGAACGACCAUACGUCUGCCCUUACUGCAGCAAAGCCUUCUCUAGAUCUGACAACCUUGCACAGCAUCGUCGAACACACGAAGUUCAAGCGGAUGGCCAACCAGCCCCCAGUUUCAGCGACGAAGAUCUUGAAGCCGAGGAAAAUGAAUUUGGCUCUCUCGACGAAUCAUCACCGGAAAACCCAUACUUGCCGCCAAUGCUCGACAUGCCUAGUAUGAACAACACCUCUAGUUCGUCUGGCCUGAAUCUGCACAUGCAGUCAGGCAUGCAGCAUAUGGAGCAAUCAGGCAUGCAGCACCUGGACUUUUCUCAUGGCAUGAUCCAGCCACAGCUACUUCAGCAGCAAAUGUGA